AUGGCUGCUCGGCCCCCGCGGCCCGCGGCGCAGGGCGGGGCGCGCCUGACAGCUCCUCCGCCCCCCGCGUCAGCUGACUGGCGGCCGGAGCCGCGGAGAGCCGCGGAGAGCCGCGGAGGCCUGGCGAGGGCUGGAGCCCGGUGGGACGGCGCGCCCCGGCCCAGCCCCCACCCCCUGCGGGGCCCGGCCCCCACCGGCUCGCCUGCGGGGCGCGCCCCCGCCCCCCCGCCCGCGGGCCUGGCCGCCCCUUCCACCCCUUCGCGCGCUCCCCUGGCCCUUCGCCCUUCGCUCCCCCACCCCCAGCCGGUGCCACCCCGAGGAGGCCCGGGAGGAGCGCCGGGACGACCCCCCCAGCCCUUUGUUCCCCGCGGCCCCCGCCCGGUGGGGCACGAUCCGUGGGCCGCGCGGCUGCUGCGGGCUGCGGGCGGCGGGGGUGCGCGCCGUGCCCGCCUGCGUCUCUGCGGGGCUGCGCGUAUUUGCGUCCUGGGGGUGGGUUUGCGCUCCGGGAGUUGUGCUCAGAUCCAAGCCGUAGCCCCGGGGGACCCUCCUCGGGCCCAGCAGGGGCCGCUCCCCUCCCGGCGGGUGCGGCGGCCGAGCCGGGAAGGACUCCCGGGGCCCGGCCGCUCCCCGCGCCCGCCCCACCCACACAAGCAGAAAGGGGACGGGAGCGGGGGAGCAAUCGGCCGAAGGGCGCUGAAUUCCUUUCCCCCGCCGGACGCGCGGAGCCCCGAGCUCCCGAGGCCUGCCUGGGGCUGA